AUGGCGGACCAAAUCGAAUCAGGGCCGCUCAAUUCGGCAUACGAUAGCCCGACAUUCGGAGAGGACAGUUCGUUCCAUAUUGAUCAAGCGGUUGGGUCAAUGUCAAUAUCGCCCUGCGGAAGAGACGUGGUUCUUGCAUCAAAGGAAGGUCUCCACGUCAUAGAUCUCGAUAACCCGUAUUCUCCACCCCGUUAUCUCCCCCAUCGAACAGCAUGGGAGGUUGCUGAUGUCCAGUGGUCUCCAUUUUCAGCCCGAGAUUCCUGGGUGGCAAGUACAUCGAAUCAGAAAGCGUUGGUCUGGAAUUUGGCUAUGCGGACCUCGCAGAACUCUAUAGAGCAUGUUUUACACGCGCACUCGAGAGCAAUAACGGAUAUAAACUUCUCCGCCCACCAUCCUGAUUUACUAGCAACUUGCGCCGUUGAUAGUUUUGUCCAUUGCUGGGACCUGAGAACGCCCGCCAGGCCCGUUGUUUCGUUUUCAGAUUGGUUUACCGGGGCGACCCAGGUCAAGUGGAAUCGACAAGAUUCCCACGUUAUUGCUAGUUCUCACGAUAAAUCACUUCAUAUUUGGGAUGAUAGAAAAGGUGCAUAUCCCCUCCGCACCUUUGAAGCACAUGGUACCAAAAUCUAUGGUAUUGAUUGGAACAGAGCUCGCCCGGAGGCAAUUGUCACCUGUGCACUAGACAAGACCAUGAAAUUCUGGGACUAUUCAAAAGAAGGGGAGAGUCCGGAGAACGUUACCCAUACUCAAUUCCCUGUAUGGCGGGCGCGGCAUACCCCUUUUGGCUGGGGUGUCCUUGCCAUGCCGCAACGUGGGAAUAGUGAUCUUCAUCUGUAUAGAGGCGUUUCGGGAGAUAAUUGCAACAGUGAACACGAGGAUUUGCCAUUAGUGCACAGUUUUCCCGGACACAAGGGUCAGGUCAAGGAGUUUCUUUGGAGGCAAAGGGGAGGUAUCAUAGAUGGCAUGGACCACCGAGAAUUCCAACUCGUCUCAUGGGGAACAGACAAGGAAUUACGCCUUCAUCGUGUAGACCCAGAGAUUUUAAAAAGAGUAGGUUAUGAAAGGGGCAAAUUAUUCAACCCUCUCCUUAACCUUACUCGAAAAGGGGCACCCUACAAAACUUUUCACGAUGAACACUCCUACGAGCAUGGCGAAAUCGGUGAUGAUUAUGGCGAAAAGUCAGAAUACCUUGCCGCUAAUAAUACCCUCAAAGGUAUGAGCGGGGUUAGCAUGCCCUACUCCCGUGGAUGGGGUCAGGUUCGAUCGAUUGGGCAAUCAAGCAACGUUCGUGGUCGCACAACCCUUAGAGCUGAUAUGAAUCCUAUUUCCUGGAUGCGAGGUGUGAAAAUCUCUGGAUGGGAAGUGGAAACGUUAGGUGAUGAAAUCAUUCAUGUUGGUGAGAAGUUUACUCGAGUAGCCUUUGAAUCAGUUAAUAUUGGCCAGCGUAAAGCGACCAUUUCCAUGCAUGGACCCUGGGGAUCAGACAAUUCCAACGUUUUCCUCACAAUCGAUAUUAAGUUUCCCACGGAAUACCCUCGCAUGGAAGCCCCUAUUUUCAACGUCCAACGAACAACCGCUGUAACGAGCCAACUAGCCAAAACUGUCACUACUGGAAUGCAGACAAUUGCAGAGACAUACCUUUCGAGACAACGAGGCUGCCUUGAAGGAGUGAUUCGGUACUUACUUGGAGAGCAUACCGUCGAGGAGAGCGUGGCUCUGGCAAAGAAUCAAUCAAACGAACACCUUAAAUCUGCUGAUAUCCUUGCUGAUAAUGAAUCAAGUGAUGAGGAUGAAGAUGUUGGCCAAUUUCAGGAUUCUGACCUUGCUCUGAGCUCUUCUGAACUCCUCCGCCCUAUAAAUGCCAAUGUCAUGGUUCCGGUCGCUCGGGCAUGUGGUGCCCUAUGGGCUAACGAUGGCCAGCUAGUCUGUUUCUUCCCGAAGAAGGAUGAUAAGCCUCCGUCUUUUCUGGACUCUAUAAGCCUGAGGGCCAUGGCUGGAUCAUCUCGCAAUGACAAAGUAUUUGAAGGGUUCGGCCGCCUUCAAACGGGCUCUCCGGUGCCAAGAGCCACGACGGAAUCAGCUGUCAGCGGCGGCCUUGUCACUGAGGACGGUGGCUCGGAGUUUUCUGAUGACUCCUCAUAUGAUUCAUCCAGCUCCUCUGGUUCCUCAGAUCUAUUAGGCUCACUUCCUCAACAGUUCCAAGGAAAUCACGCUUGGAGACAUGGCAACAUUGGAUUCCAUCUAGCACGGUCUAUUGCAGGGAACUCACAGCGAUCCGUUGCUGGACCUAGCACAGCUAGAUCAUCAACAGACUCUUGUCAGAAUUAUGUUCAUAUAUACCACUUUAAUGACAUACUACCUGCAAAACGAGAACUUGCACAGCAGUACAAAAUAUUCGGGAAUCGAGCGGAGAUUUGCUCUCACAACAUGGUAGUUGCAGCAAAUGCGGGACUUUCAGAGCUCUCCUACAUCUGGGGGCUUCUAAACUUACUCUUGGAUAACAAGCAGACAACUGACACCAGAGGCGUGAAAGAUCGUUUACGGCACAUACUUAACAAUCCGGUGGGCACUCUACGUAGAAAAGACAGCGGUGUUGGUUUGAACAGUGAAAAGCAAAAAACAUGGGGGAGCCAUCCCCUAGGGGCUCCGUGGUUUAUCCCUGCUCUGUUUGAACAUUUCGAACAACUUGGAGAUGUUCAAAUGCUCGGAAUGCUUUCAUGUGUUUUAUACGAGACGGACACGAAGCGACUCCUCCCAGAUGACCCAUACAAACCUCGAAUCUCAGAUUUUUUAGACGAUAAAAGCUUUUCUGAUCAGCAAUUCCGGGGGAAACAUAAUACCACACCACUAGCGAACAAAGACUUGCCUAAUAUAGCAGCAUCUCACAGCUCGGGGGGCUCAUCUGUUGACCAGUGGCACGGAAAUACACCACCGCUGUAUUCAACAGGAACAACUCCUCCCACCGGAAUUCGUGGGGUAAGAUCCAGUUUGGAGCGUAAAUCCCGUUAUAAUGGAUCUCUAUCUGGAUCUCCAGACCCUCCCUCUAAUAUGCGCAUGAAUACCAAUUUUGGCAAUACCUUGGCUUCUUCGCUCUCACGAUCCCUAACUUUCGGACCCUCUGCGUCAUCCUCACCUCCAACUGGUCUCAUUAAGAAGCAGCCUAGCCCUAUAGGCAGCCUUACUACCCAAGGGCCCAGCAUCUGGAGCUCGGUUGGUGGCCUCCGUAACAAGGCGGCGUCCGCAUUACCCAGUUAUCUUACUCCCUCCGCAAUUGGUACACCCCAAACAUUCUCGGAUUCAGAAGAGAGCGAUAAGCCGGUUUCACCAAGGGUGGAUAAAUUCAAGAGAGGAAUAAAAGUUGUCAAGAAACAUCAGUCCGCAUUUGAUAACGACUGUAAGGCCGAGGUUCCUUUGCUAGAUCCGCGACUCCGACCUCUUUAUCAGGCGUAUAGGGAGAAUUAUGCCCAUCUACUGUUUAUAUGGAACAUGCCGAUCCAAGGAACCGAAGUUCUGAAAAUGGCCUCCAUCAUUGACAAUGAGACGGAACGCUCUCUUCUAUACAAGCUCAACAACAAAUAUCCACGAACCAGAUACGGCAAUAGGCGCCAUAGCCUGGCAGUUAAUCACCGCCCUUCGACAGAGAUUGCAGCCGAAGGUCUCGGCCUCCAGCAUCACUGUGCAAAAUGCGGCUCCGCGCUACAGGUUUCUGCUCUUUCAAAGCCAAGUACACUAGAGAAGACUCUCGGGAAGAAUAUCCGACGCAACGCACUUGUGAACGCCCAAUGCCUUAAAUGCAAUUUGUCAUUGCCGAUCUCGCCGAAUAUGUCGUGCUCGAUAUGCACGGAGGUAAUUCAAGGCAUGUUUACUCCUUGCUUAUCUUGUGGUCAUAUGUGCUGCUUCAAAUGCCAUUCUCAAUGGUUCGCGCCGGAUAUUACGGUAGAAGGUAGCGUGGAGAAGAGCGUUUCUAUAUUAUGCCCUACCGGCUGUGGGUGUAACUGUUCAGAACAUAUGAUGAUCGACAUGCCUAUACCUCCUACUCCUGCUUCACCUACAACACCUGUUGCACCUCCUCCACCGGCGCCACCAUUACCAGAGGCUGCUCCGAGUUCCCCCUCCAAGCUAAGAAGCAAACCCUUAAAUGGGGUUGCCAGUGGGAGCCGCACAACCGCUAAAAAGUGGAGGGGUGCUAUAAAUCAAAUCGCAUCAAGAAAUGAUACCGGCGAACCUGAUAGACAUCAGACUGGGACCGCUUCAGGGGCUCACAGCCGAGCUAGUCUCGACGAACAGCGUCCAGGGGCAAAUACUCGCAAACCGGCUGCUAAUUCAGGUUCGAUUAGUAGGGUUGCCGGCUGGAUCGGCAAGAACUCACUUGAAAGAAUGGACACCAUUUGA